ACCAUUAUAAAACCUUCACUACCCAACACCCCAACACAGUUCAACUUCAUUAGCCUCUACAUUUCUUAAAGGCUUUGUAGGCCCUCUUUUUUGCACUUUCCUCUGUUCUGUUUAGGAGAACAUGGUGCCAACAGAUGGUUCCAUGGUUCGCCCAAUUUCAAGGGGUCUUACUCUUAGGGCCUUCAUUAUUUGGUGCAUUUUAUUACCGUUUAUUGGAAUAUCUUCAGGUGCCAAGACCAGGCACUUUAAAUGGGAAGUAGAGUAUAUGUAUUGGUCUCCUGAUUGCAUCGAGCAUGUCGUGAUGGGGAUCAAUGGCCAGUUUCCCGGCCCGACCAUCCGAGCAAAAGCAGGAGACACAGUUGUUGUUGAACUCACUAACAAGCUCUCCACUGAGGGAGUUGUCAUUCACUGGCAUGGAAUCCGACAGUUGGGCACACCAUGGGCAGAUGGAACUGCUUUCAUUUCCCAGUGUGCUAUCAACUCUGGGGAGACCUUUCAUUAUAGGUUCAAAGUUGAUAGGGCAGGAACAUACUUUUACCAUGGCCACUUGGGCAUGCAGAGAUCGGCAGGGUUGUAUGGGUCUCUGAUAGUGGACGUUGCAGAAGGAGAGAAAGAGCCAUUCCAUUACGAUGGUGAGUUCAACCUAUUGUUGAGCGACUGGUGGCACAAAAGUGUUCACGAGCAAGAGGUUGGCCUCUCCUCCAACCCAUUUCGUUGGAUCGGUGAACCUCAGAGCUUACUGAUCAACGGAAGAGGACAGUACAACUGUUCCCUGGCAGCUCAAUAUAGCAACACCACCUCCAGCCAGUGCAAAUUUAGGGGAAGCGAACAAUGCGCACCUCAGAUCCUACAUGUGCGUCCCAAUAAGACUUACAGGCUGAGGGUUGCCAGCUCCACGGCACUUGCUUCACUCAACCUGGCCAUUGGGAAUCACAAAAUGGUGGUGGUAGAAGCUGACGGGAAUUAUCUUCAACCAUUUGCGGUCAAUGACUUGGACAUAUACUCUGGUGAAAGCUACUCAGUCCUAAUAACUACAGACCAAGAUCCUUCCAAGAACUACUGGCUUUCUAUAGGUGUAAGAGGAAGGCUUCCAGCGACCCCUCCUGGCCUUACCAUCCUAAAUUACCAACCAAUUUCUGCGUCAAAGUUCCCCACUUCUCCACCUCCCGUGACUCCUCGAUGGAAUGAUUAUGACCAUAGCAAGACGUUCUCUAAGAGUAUCUUUGCUCUCAUGGGGUCCCCAAAACCUCCGAAGAAUUACAACCGUCGGAUCACCCUCCUCAACACCCAAAAUAAAAUUGAUGGGUUUACCAAGUGGGCUAUCAAUAAUGUCUCUUUAGCAUUACCGCCUACUCCUUAUCUGGGCUCCAUAAAAUAUGGUCUACGAAAUGCUUUCGAUCAAAAGAGUCCACCUGAGAACUUCCCCGAUAACUAUGACGUGAUGAGACCUCCGAUAAACCCUAACUCAACUACUGGCAGUGGAGUUUACAUGUUUGGCUUGAAUACUACGGUAGAUGUGAUACUUCAAAAUGCCAAUGCGCUAGACGAUAGUGUUAGCGAAAUACACCCUUGGCACUUGCAUGGUCAUGAUUUUUGGGUGUUGGGAUAUGGAGAAGGGAAGUUCUCGGCCAAGGAUGAGAAGAAACUCAACUUCAAAAAUCCGCCUUUGAGGAAUACUGCAGUCAUAUUCCCAUAUGGAUGGACAGCUUUAAGGUAUGUGGCAGAUAAUCCAGGAGUGUGGGCCUUCCAUUGCCACAUCGAGCCUCAUUUGCAUAUGGGUAUGGGCGUGGUCUUUGCCGAAGGUGUUCAUCAUGUGAAAAGCAUACCUAACGAGGCUCUUACCUGUGGUCUAACUGCGAAAUUUUUGAACAAGAAAGGCUGAUUCCACCUAACUUUAGUCCCUCUAGGAGAGAUGAUCCAAGAGAUCAUGAAUCAGUGUUAUUAUCGUUGUUCUGAUCCUUCUUAUGCAGUAAGUUAUUCUUCCCAUAUCAAUAAUGUGGUUGAUCGGUAAUUUUCCUAGUAUAUGCCAGGCCAGGGAUGUUCAACAUA